GCACACCUCUUAUGACGCUUUUGUAGGGCGGGGUCAAAGCCAGAAAGGUAUUACAGGUGUACAACUCACAACAACUGACCGAAACUCUGAUAAAUCACCAAUUCAGAGGCUGAUUUCGUUCAUUCUGAGUUGAAGGCAAUGCCGGAGUCAAAGCAGCAUUACAACGAAAGGAACAGAGACUACUUGAGUCAAGAACGGAGAGCUGGAGAGAGGGGACGGGAUCACAGACCGGAUGCAAGAUACAAAGAGGAAAGAACACCACAUGAUAGGGAGGGUAAAUCACAGAGCCAUAGAAGUAAACAUGUAGAUGCUUACACACACAGGGAGGACCCCCGUAUACACAAGGACGACAGACAUUAUAAUCAGGCAGCGCCCAGUACAACAACAUCAUACUAUGAUGACAGUGAACCACAACAUAGAGAUGCACUUUACAACUUAAGAUACAUCACCACAAGCAGAGGCAUUUGUCAGGUGAUGGAAUUCUUCCUAAACUUGUUGAUCGUCAUCUGCUCUGGAGUUUCUCACAGCAAUUCGGGUCAAUACAAGGACAUCGCCAGCUUGGGCGGUUUGUACCAGUAUUACUACGGAGGAGCCAAUGCGUUCACUGGUGACGACGCUAAGAAGGUACAGGAUCUCGAUAAACGGUUUUACCAGCUCAAGCUGCCGCCUUACGUCUUCAGCAUGGCAUGCGGCGGGGCAUUAAUGGUUUACGCCUGUGCCAUGUUGGCUCUGGGAGUGUUUCGCAUGCCGUACCGUUUCCCUCCUCUGUUGCUUGCCGAAGCACUGGUUGAUGCGCUCAUAGGUCUUGGUUUUAUUCCCGCCGUGGCUUUCUACUUCAUAAAGCUGCAGGAGAUCUACAGCAACACCAUCUGUAAAGAAAGGGAAGCGAUGUAUAACAGCAAAGGUCACAGGGGAUUCGAGUGCAAUCUGCAUGGGGCAGACAUAGCAGGGGGCUUGUUCGGUGUGCUAGGAAUUAUUAUUUAUCCCUUGAGUGCAGUGCUGGCCAUCAGAGCAUUCAGAAGAGUGUGGAAGAUGAAGCAGAGACCGACAGAAGACGGAAACCUCUGAGAAGUUCAAAUGUUGAGAGGAGAGAUUUGAUAAAACAUGUUAAUGUUUUAGUUACUGGUGUUACAAUGUUAGAAAUAGAUUUGAUUUACUGAUGUAUAUUUUAUAAACAAUGACCAGAAGUUGGCACUCAUUUUUAACAUAACUGUCUUUUGCACAUGUUUUUAAUGCUUUUUUGUACAAAUGUCUCACAUACAGUAUGAAGUUCUAUUAAUUGUUUCUAUAUGUAUACUUCACAGUCAUUUAUCAAUAAAUAAAAACACAAUUGUAUUAAAUACCACUA